AUGGUAUCUGCUCCAGAAUUGAAGAAGUAUUUAGAGAAGAAGAUUGUUAUUAAAUUGAAUGGUGAGAGACGUAUUGCUGGGGUACUUCGAGGUUACGAUGUGUUCUUGAACGUGGUAGUCGAUGAUGCCGUAGAGGUUAGUAAAAAUGGGACUUCUCUAAAUCUUGGUUCACAAACCGUUGUCAGAGGUAAUUCAAUACUCUCAAUAGAGGCCUUGGAUACUCUAGUGUAA